AUGCCUCCAAAGCGCAAGGCUCCCGCGACCAGCGCAACCGCCGCACCCAAGACGCGACAAUCCAAACUUGCAAAGGAGCAUAAUGUGACUGCGCAAGAAGAGGGCGAGAUCCGUGAGGCGUUCAGUCUCUUUGCAGAGCCAAUGGACGGCGAGAAGCAUGGAGUCUUGCCUAUCGACGACGUUAAGUCUGCACUCGUAGCCCUCGGUGUUCCACCCUCUUCCCACGCAGAGCUCAAAGAAUUUAUAUCGAUCCUGGAUCCAGAAAACGACGGAUACGCGACAUUUGAACCUUUCUUCGCAAUCUGCGCCCUCAAAUUCCAUACAAGAGAGCACGACUCGGACGCCCAUCGUGCAGAAGUCGAGGAAGCUUUUCGACUAUUCACAAAUGGUCAGGAUGGACCCAUUACCCUUGCACACCUGCGGCGUGUUGCUGCUGUGCUCAAAGAGGAUGUCGAUGAGGAACUACUCAAGGAUAUGAUUCUCGAGGCGAACGGCGGCGUAGGUGUUGCUAGGGGAGUGGGCGUUGAGGAGUUUGAUGGAGUCAUGAAGAGUGCUGGUGUUUGGAGGUGA